UUCUCCUCCUCAAACCUACUCGAGUCUGUCUGGAUCUUACGCACGCAUGAAGAAGCACACAGUCGGCCGGAGACUUCAGCGGAGAUUAUACGAAGCUCUUGGACAUUCGUAUUCUUGUCUUUUCGUCCAAAACCCGAAGCUCACUCAAAACGCCACCGACAUGACGGGCUCUGAUAUCUCCCACGUCCUGAAGGAAGGAGAGCUGGAAAAGAGGAGCGAUAAUCUCCUCCAGUUCUGGAAGAGGAAGACGUGCGUUCUCACCACGGACAGCCUGAACAUCUACACCGAUAACCAGAAGAAGAACAGGAGCAAAGAGCUCAAGCUGCAGUCCAUUAAGAAGGUGGACUGUGUGGAGCGCACUGGGAAGUUCGUCUACUUCACGAUCGUUACCACAGACAAUAAGGAGAUUGACUUUAGGUGCUCGGGCGAGGAGAACUGCUGGAAUGCCGUGAUCACAAUGGCUCUGAUUGACUUUCAGAACAGAAAAGCCAUUCAGGACUUUAAAACACGACAGGAAUCGGAGAACCCUUCUCUGGGACAGCAAGAGAGAUGCGAGGCUAGAGCACCGUGAGAUGCGACCAAUCCAACACACACACGAGAUACAGCGAACUGAAUCUUGAAGUUUGGACCAAAGCAUGUCUGAAAGGAGCCCAUGUGCUCAGAAUAAGGACUGUGGUUGAGCUGGUCUGUGAAGGUCUUCGGAAGAAUAAACCUGCAAUGAUUUCAACAAGCAAAACCCUCAAAAAACACUCAAGACUGAAUCCUUGGACUUUCUUAACCGCCUCGAUAAGGCUCUGGAUAUGUAGCCUACGUGUAAAUGCAUCUUAUUUAUUUUUCCAAAGGAACGCUGCGAAUACCAAUGUUGUAUUAAGUUAUUUCAUGAUGUAUUUAUUUAAAUAAAUUUGCAUAAAACUGA